CGGCGGCCGGCGCCGCCCCCUCACGGCACGCGCGGUGAGCCGGCCCGGCGGCGACGCGGAGAGCGGCGCCCGAGGGAGGCCGGCGGAGUUGGAACACUUGGAAAAGAACUGAAAUGAUCCUCAGUAUCCCUCUCAUGUGUUAGAUACCAAUGGUUUAUAAAAACGGAGGAGGAAAACAAAAGAGCCAGUCCUUUUUUCUGAGUUACAUCAUCUUUGUGCAUCAAUGAAAAGCCCAGGUAUGGCUGUGUUCAAGCAACAGAAGGUGGAGGAUGUUUAUGAAAUUGGGGAAGAGCUGGGAAGUGGUCAAUUUGCUAUAGUGAAGAAAUGUCGAGAGAGAAGCAGCGGUAUGGAAUAUGCUGCUAAGUUCAUUAAAAAACGACAGAGCCGAGCCAGCCGUCGUGGAGUGAGCCGGGAGGAAAUUGAACGUGAGGUUUCUAUUCUGCAGCAAAUCCUGCAUGCUAACAUCAUCAAGUUGCACGACAUCUAUGAAAACAAGACGGAUGUGGUCCUCAUCCUUGAGCUAGUUUCUGGAGGAGAACUUUUUGACUUCUUGGCACAGAAGGAGUCUUUGAGUGAAGAGGAAGCAACCAGAUUCAUCAGGCAGAUUUUGGAUGGUGUGAAUUACCUUCACUCUAAGAAAAUUGCUCACUUUGAUUUAAAGCCUGAAAACAUUAUGCUUCUAGACAAGAAUAUCCCUAUUCCACAUAUCAAACUUAUUGACUUUGGCCUGGCUCACAAAAUAGAAGAUGGAGUUGAAUUUAAAAACAUUUUUGGAACACCAGAAUUUGUAGCUCCAGAAAUAGUAAACUAUGAACCGCUUGGACUAGCUGCAGAUAUGUGGAGCAUAGGAGUCAUCACCUACAUACUGCUUAGUGGUGCAUCACCUUUCCUUGGAGAAACUAAACAAGAAACACUUGCCAACAUCACAGCUGUAAAUUAUGAAUUUGAUGAAGAAUUUUUCAGCAAUACCAGUGACCUGGCAAAAGAUUUUAUUCGGAAACUCCUGGUGAAAGACACACGGAAACGACUUACGAUUCAGGAAGCUCUGUCUCAUCCAUGGAUAACGCCAGUGGACAAGCAGCAGACUUUGGUUCGGCAAGCAUCUGUUGUUAACAUGGAAAACUUCAAAACGCAGUAUGCCAGAAGGCGAUGGAAGCUUUCAUAUCGUAUUGUCUCAUUGUGCAACCACUUAUCUCGUUCACUGGUGAAAAAGGUCCUAAUUCAGGAUCCAAGUUUGAGAAACUGUGAAAGUAACAGUGAGGAUCUUUCACAAAGAAAAGCCACUCAUCAGAGGAGAAGCAGCGUAUGAUAAUGCAACAAGAAUUCUGCCAACAGGAGGCAGAGGAAACUUUCAUCCUAGCUGAAAAAAAGCAGCCCUGACAGCAGUCUUUGACCUAUUAUCUGAAUCCUUGGUAUGAUGCUUCUCACUUCUGAAACUACACCAACAGCUGGAUGAUGUUAUAAAAUGCCUACUGAACAUUUGAAAAUUUGGGAUCCAGAUUCCCAGGGAAAUGUCAUAGCACAAGCACCAACUGGAGUGCUUUUAUAUGUGCUUUUAUAUGUGGAGCAAUUUUUCAGUGAUACUUGAGUCUAUUUGUGAUAUCAACUGCACCCAGGACGUAGGGUGCUACUGAUAUGCUUUUACUGCAGAAUAAUUCACAUUCCACACAAUAAUUAAGACUGUGUGCAUGUCAAAGGAGGUUCUCCUCCCUCGCUACUCUGUGCUGGUGAGGCCUCAUCUGGAGUCCUGUGUCCAGUUCUAAGCUUCCCAGCUCAAGAAAGACAAGGAACUGCUGGAAAGAGUCCAGCACAGGGCCACCAAGAUGAUCAGGGGACUGGAGCAUCUUUCUUAUGAGGAAAGGCUGUGGGAACUGGGGCUGUUCAGCCUGGAAAAGAUAAGACUGAGGGGAGAUCUCAUUAAAAGUGUUGGAAAGAUAUUUGUCAAGAGGAUGGUGCAGCUCUUUUUUGUGUAGUGUCCAGUGACAGGGCAAGGGGUAAUGGGCACAAGCUGGAACACAAAAAGUUCCACUUAAACAUAAGAAAAAACUAUUUCACCAUGAGGGUGAGGGAGCCCUGGCACAGGCUGCCCAGGGAGUGUGUGGACUUUCCCUCUCUGGAGGUUUUCAGAACCCACCUGGACAUGUUCCUGUGUGACCUAGUGUAGGUGGACCUGCUUUAGCAGAGGAGUUGGACUAGAUGAUCUCUAAAGGUCUCUUCCAACUCCUACCAUUCAAUGAUUCUAUGAUUAAUGUUUCAGUCAGGGAAAUUGUUAUAGAGUCUUAAGGAAGUUUUUUUUUUUAAUAGAAUGUUUGUAUUUGUUAUUGGCAUAGACAUUUAAUGGCAGAUAUCUGACAGGUUUUUUUGCUGUGUGCAGUACUCUGAUGUUGCCAGAAAUUAAGAAAAAAUCCAUUACAUAACGCAUUCCAUGCCAUUACAUAUCCUAACCUUGAUACUUACUGUACUGCAGCAAGAAUUGUGCUCUGGCCAUUGAUUUUGGCUGAAGACUAGCAUAACUGCCAUUGUCAAUUUUGAGUAUAACUGAUUCUGGACACUGAGAGGAUGAUAGAGGCCAUGGAAAUUUUGUGUUAAAAAGAGAAAAAAACUGUUUACAUGCACCCACUUACAACAUUUUUACAGAAUGAUGUCAGGAUGCUUCACCAAAACAAGGCACUUAAAAACCCAAGGUAUAUGAAGAAAUGGUCUUCAUUAGACUUUGUUAUUGUUUUAAUUUAUUGCCAGCAAUUAGAGAUUCAUAAACACCUAUUUGUGUAGGUGCUGUCGCUGCACAAACUGCAAACAUCUGUGUUUUAUUCAGGGGGUUGUAUCCAAAAUUGAGGAAGUAAGCACUUCUGUAUUGAUGUAAUGUCUUUGUGCUAGGAAGUUGCAUCAUUUCAACUAUGUUAGUUUCUAAGCCAGUGUGGUAGAAAAUUGGUAGAAACUAAUGUGCAUAGACUAAAUAAUGUAGUAAAUAAUAUGCAUAUUUUUCCAUUGAAUGUAUUAGUUCUUAGAAGUUCAUAUUUAUUUUACCAUUUAAUAAAUUAAAAAUCAGAAAGCAAGCCUACUAGAAACACCUAUAGAUGGACAAAGGAACUAUUUUUGUUUGGCUUUAUGGUUGGCACUUCUAGGCUGAGGUUUUAGAGCUGAAGGUGUGAACUGGUGUCUAAAACUGGUAUCAGGUUAAUUUUGUCUGGCUUUCAGUUUCUAAAAAAAGAAAUUAAAAUAUGCUGCUUUGAGUUGUAGCUUUGUAUCCUUGCUUAGGCAGACACUAACAUGCAGCAGGUGAGAGUAUUUCUAUGAAAUGAAGGAAAUUUACAAGAAGCAUUGGAGAGAGAGGUGGAAGGUCAAAUUUGAAGGAAAAAACGUAUAAUGAAGGAGAUGACGAGGGAAAAAUCAGUAGAGAGGAAUUUGUAUGAGAGGGACAUGUAGGGAGUGGUGGUGAAUGUGGACUGGGAAGGUUGAAGGAGAGCGUAGAGAAUGUAGGUGUAGGAACUGUGGGAGAAAGAGAAUGAUUGUUUCAGCAAAUAUGGCAUUGCAUUUUGAUACUAUAUAUUUAAUUUCCUUUUAUUUCAUGUGUUGUGCUGCCGUAGCCUGGGACAUGUGCCUGGUCAGCAGAUAAGGAGCAGAGUAUGGGCUUUUCACCUUCUAUUAAAGGUGUAUUUCUGAACUGUCGGUGUAGUUUUUCAGGCAGAAUUCUCAAAAAGUGCUCUAGUAAUGCAUAUAUUAAAAGGGAGCAGGAAUGGGAAAAGCUAUUGUUUCAGUGUCUGGAGGGAAUCUUUCAUAAAUAGAAAACUAAAAAUAUAUAUUUGGAUAAAAAGCUGCCCAGCUUACCUACUCAGUUUUUCUUCCUGCUUUCCCUGUCCCAUGUGUUAUCGUUAGUUCAUUCUUUAGGCUAUGGAAAACCAAAUAAACUCUCAAAUCAGUUCACAGAGUUGAAAAAGACUUUCAGUUUCCAAACUGGAGAUUGCAGGGGGUGUACAGAAAUUGCACUUCUGAAAAUUAAUCCCUGGUUAAAAUAGCGGCUAGUUUGUUGCAUCAGAAUUGUGCUCUCACAGACAUGGGGUCAUCCUUCUUAUGUAAAAUCCUAGCACUUGGCAAGCAAGACAGAAUGCAGUAGAGAGGCAGCUGGAGGAGCACAAGGCAGUGUGUAAUCAUAAGCUCCAGCUUAUUAAUUCUAUAAAAGAUGUAAGGUGGUGUUUUAACAAAGAUGUUAGAGACAGCUCAUGGCAUUUGGUCUUCAGUCAUCGUUGUGCCUAGGUCAGCUAAGGACAGAAGUGCUGGCUUAGUCAUGGGAGGGCAGGAUGGUCAGCCUUUCUCUUUGGCACUCAGUUGUUUUGUAGCCCCACAUGGCUCCUGAGUGAUGUGGCAUUCAUUGCACAGAAACCACAACAAGCUGCACUUGCAACAGGCCAAAGUACUCCCUAACUGUUCCAGAUGAGAGUGCACUGUGAGUAUAAAAUCUCUUGUUCUCAGGACUAAUGUUUGUGAUUUAUUAGGAAGUUUUACUAUGUUUUUCUAAAUCUAGCUUCUGUAUUUAUCAACCUAUCUAUUCCACUGAGGUGGAAAUUCAGCCCCACCUCAAGGAGGCAUAGUCUAAUUAAACUGUUUACAGCACUGGAGGGCACAUUCCUCAGUGCAAGGGUUUGUUUCCUUCUUAAGGAAGGCUUCAAGCUGGGUUUCAAGGAACAACCAAGAGGGUUAAAAAAACAGUGUGGAAGGCAGAGGUGGUGGGAUGGGAGAUGUAGUACACUUCAGUAGAAGAGUUUAUGUUACAGAAUUUACUUUGUUGGGGGAGAAAAAUCUAUUUUCUGUGUAUUAUUUUUGAGCAGUAAGGAAGCUGGAGGUAAGCAGAGUGAUGGUCUGGAAAAAAAAAAAAGCAAGUACUUUUGCUAAAAUCAGACUAUUGUCACCAUUAUUUUAAUAGUGAUGUUUUUAAAUCUAUGUGCCUCUAUUUUUGUUAAGAUAAAUACUGAUUUUUAAGUGCCUGGAAAUAGUACAGACUGUUAAAAGUAACAAAUAUAUUUGUUAUUCUG